CCAGUCACCGCACUUCCCCCGGCACUGCGCAUGCGCGGCUGACACACCGGCUUCUUGUGUACGGCCAGCAUGGCGGACAGGGCAGAGCUGGAGCAGGCGGUAGCGCAGCAGGGAGACAAGGUGCGGAAGCUGAAACAGGAGAAGGCCAGCUCCGAGCAGAUUGCAGAAGAAAUUGCAAAACUCUUAGAGCUAAAGGCACAAUUGGCCCCAGAUGAUGGAAAACACAAGUUUGUUCUCAAAACCCCUAAGGGCACAAGGGAUUAUAAUCCCAAACAGAUGGCCAUUCGGGAGAAGGUUUUCAACACCAUUAUCCGCUGUUUUAAACGUCAUGGAGCAGAGACUAUUGACACCCCUGUAUUUGAGCUGAAGGAAACUCUAACAGGAAAAUAUGGAGAAGAUUCUAAGCUUAUUUAUGACCUAAAAGAUCAGGGUGGUGAAUUGUUGUCUCUCCGUUAUGAUCUUACUGUUCCAUUUGCUCGCUAUUUAGCAAUGAACAAGAUUACCAACAUUAAACGUUACCAUAUUGCUAAAGUCUACAGAAGGGACAACCCUGCUAUGACUAGAGGUCGCUACAGAGAGUUCUACCAAUGUGACUUUGACAUUGCAGGCCAGUAUGAUCCAAUGAUUCCUGAUGCUGAGUGCCUGAAGAUUGUUCAUGAAAUCCUGAGUGAACUGGAGUUGGGAGAGUUUUUGGUUAAGGUGAAUGACAGGAGAAUAUUGGACGGGAUGUUUGCAGUGUGCGGGGUACCCGACGCUAAGUUUCGCACAAUUUGCUCUUCGGUAGACAAAUUAGAUAAGACUCCCUGGGAAGAGGUGAAGAAUGAAAUGGUUGGAGAGAAGGGACUUGCCUCUGAAGUUGCUGACCAGAUUUGGGAAUAUGUAAAAAAUAAUGGUGGAUUGGAUCUUAUCGAGAGGCUUUUAAAUGAUCCUAAGCUUUCGAAGAACAAGCAGGCGCUAGAAGGACUCAACGACAUGAAAACCCUCUUUCAGUACUUGGAGCUGUUUGGAGUUACGGAUAAGAUAUCUUUUGACCUCAGCUUGGCCCGUGGUUUGGAUUAUUAUACAGGAGUCAUUUAUGAAGCAGUUCUUAUUCAGAAUCAAGGAGAACCACAACAACAGAAUGACCACACAGAGGAAGCGGUCAGUGUUGGCAGUGUAGCUGGAGGAGGACGUUAUGAUGGUUUGGUGGGGAUGUUCGAUCCAAAGGGCAGGAAAGUUCCAUGCGUGGGUGUCAGUAUUGGCAUUGAGAGGAUAUUUUCUAUCAUGGAGCAAAAGGCAGAGGCUUCUGAAGAGAAGAUUCGGACCACAGAAACUCAGGUUCUAGUUGCAGCUGCUCAGAAGAAGCUUUUAGAAGAAAGAAUGAAACUUAUUGCUGAACUCUGGAAUGCCGGAAUCAAGGCAGAAAUGUUGUACAAGAAGAACCCAAAGUUACUUAAUCAGUUGCAGUACUGUGAAGAGACUGGUAUUCCAUUAGUGGCUAUUAUUGGAGAGCAGGAACUGAAAGAUGGAGUUGUGAAGCUCAGAGAUGUAUCAACAAGGGAAGAGGUUGAUGUUUCAAGGCAAAAUUUGGUGGAAGAGAUUCAAAGGAGAACCAGUCUGUUUUAAGACAAUACCAUAAACCUAGUUUAAUACAUAUUCGGGUCCACCUAUCUCUUAACGUCUGUUUUCAGCAACUAUUUAUAAACCAUAUAUGUGCAAAUAUUUUACAUUUCUUCAGUUUCUCUGUUCAAAAAUCAGAUAAUAAACAAGUACAUAAGUGAA